AUGGGUGUUACAAGUGUGCCGCGUGGCGCGCGCGCCGCCGCCGCCGCCGCCGCCGCCUCGCGUCUGCAGCCACCGGUGGCGCGCAGCGGCCAGUCUGCCGCCAGACAGCGUCAUGAGCUGGCGGUGGUGAGCCGUGAGCCGCUCCGGACCGCGACGCGAGCCAAGGGCAAGGGCGCUGCCGGCAUGUCGCGCGUCUCCCGCCCGCUGCCGCAUCCUCCGCUGCUGCUGCUGCUGCUCUCGCUCCUGCUCGCCGCCGCUCCGGCCCGCGCGCACUGGUGGAUGGUGGCGGCGCCGGGGCAGAGCCCGCAGCCCACGACGGCGGCGCCGCCGGACCGCGAGCGCCAGCAGGACGCCUGCCGCGGCUUCGACUUCCUGGCGGGGCCGCAGCGGGACAUCUGCAGCAGCCGACGCGGCGUCAUGCCCGCAGUAGGCGUGGGCAUGAAGACCGCUCUGGAGGAGUGCCAGUUCCAGUUCCGCAUGAGCAGGUGGAACUGCUCCACCGUGCCCGGCAGCGGCACGCUUUUCGGCAACGUCAUGACCAUCAAGAGCCGCGAGAAGGCGUUCGUGUACGCGAUAUCGGCGGCCGGCGUGGCGUACAGCGUGACGAGAGCGUGCGCCCGCGGGGACCUGAACGAGUGCAACUGCGACAGCCGCGUGCGACAGCGGAAGGCCAAGAGCUGGCAGUGGGGCGGCUGCUCUGAGGACAUCCAUCAUGGUGAGGCGUUCAGCCGCGAGUUUGUAGAUUCUGUAGAGAACCGAGAGACUGGCGAGGGUCUGAUGAACAUCCACAACAACGAAGCGGGACGCAGGUCGAUCCGGUCGCGCAUGGAGCGCGUGUGCAAGUGCCACGGGAUGUCGGGCUCGUGCAGCAUGCGCGUGUGCUGGCGCAAGCUGCCGCCGUUCCGGCGCGUGGGCGACGCGCUGGCGGCGCGCUACGAGGGCGCCUCGCACGUGCGGUUGGCGCGCAGCGGGAGGCGCCGCCCCGGCAAGAAGCUGCGCGCCGUCAGCAGGGACCUCAAGAAGCCCAACAAGACCGACCUCGUCUACCUCGAGGACUCGCCCGACUACUGCGAGCGCAACGACACUAUGGGCAUCCUGGGGACGCGCGGCCGCAUCUGCAACCGGACGAGCAUGGGCCUGGACGGCUGCCGGCUGCUGUGCUGUGGGCGAGGCUACCAGACGCGCGUGCGCGACGUCGAGGAGAAGUGCAACUGCCGCUUCGUGUGGUGCUGUAACGUCGUGUGCGAGAUGUGCCGCUACAAGAAGGAGGAGCACAUCUGCAACUGAGCCCGCGGCGGCCGCCGGAGCCUCGCACCGCUCUUCUCUCCCACUACGGACACUCUACUUCAUUAUUUAUUUCUGUAUUAAAGCUUUCUCAUUCGUAAACUGGAUGUUAUGUGUCACGAUGUUUUCUAUAUAGUAAACGUGGACUAAAAGUACAAUCUCCUAAUGUGGAAUAUGUGUUACGUUUUUAAAUAUAUGUAAAUUAUUACUAUUUAGUAAUUAUAAAUGAGCUAGUGUUUUAUCCUGUGACAAGAUGUAUUUAUUAGUAAAUAUAUUUGUAAAUGAGUGUAAUACACUGGGGUUUCUCAGU